AUGUCAAAAACAGAUGUAUCAGUGGUCGCCAGUGGUAGCGUGGAGUCGCGUAUGACUUCACCGUAUUUUCUUGCAUCAUCAGACAAUCCAGGAGUGUCAAUCUCGCCGGUGUCGCUGAACGGUGAAAACUACGCCGAGUGGGCGUCGGAGUUGGAGAACGCGCUUCGUGCCAAGCGCAAGUUCGGAUUCAUCAAUGGUACCUUGUUGUUGCCAGAUGAAAAGGAGAACCCAACGGAGGCAGAAAUGUGGAGAACGGUCAACUCAAUGAUCGUGGGGUGGAUUAGAGCAUCGAUAUCCCCUGCGAUCCGUUCGACGGUCACGUUCACAGCUGAUGCUUCGAAGAUGUGGGGAGACUUGAAGAGGAGGUUCUCUGUUGGAAACUCGGUUCGGGUUCAUCAACUCAAAACUGAACUCGCGGCGUGUAAGCAGGAAGGCGCGAGCGUUAUGGAGUACUUUGGGCGCUUGUCUCUGAAGUGGGAGGAGCUCCUCAACUACAAACCUCUUCCCACCUGCACGUGUGGAGCAUCAGACAAGGUAACGUCUGAUUACGAGGAAGAGAAAGUGCACAUGUUCUUGAUGGGGCUAGAUGAAGCAAGAUUCGGAAACGUAUGCACAAACAUCAUAGGGCUGGAGCCGUUACCGGACCUAAACUCUGUGUACCAGAGAGUAGUGAGAGAGGAGAGACGCCUCCAGACAUCUCGAGUCGAAACGAGACAGGAGGCAGCAGGGUUUCUGGUUAAAUCGGAGUCAUCACAGUCGGAGAACCAUCCUAACGGUGGAGCUAUCGCGGCUGUUGCAAGAAGCAGAGGAGGAAUGGUGUGCUCUCACUGUGGGAGGACAGGCCAUGACAAGAAAGAUUGCUGGCAGAUCAUCGGUUUUCCAGACUGGUGGACCGAGAGAAACCAAACGGGAGAACGCGGAGGUCAUGGCAGAGGCAGGGGGCGUGGCCGAACUCUGGCAAGGUCCAACGCAAUGCAGGCUGCAGGCACCGCAGGACAAGGAGUUCCAAGCUUGACGAACGAACAGUGGGCUUCGCUAGCUGCGCUCCUUGAGCAACAGAAGCUGACUCCAAUUCCAGAUAAGUUGAAUGGUAAGAUUCAAAUUGGAGAAGUGAUUCUCGACACUGGUGCAUCUCACCACAUGACGGGGGAUGUACGUCUACUUACAGAUUUACGUAAGAUGGUAGGCUGUCCAGUACAUUUCGCAGACGGGAGCCAGGUCCAGGCUACUCAGUCUGGAAUGUUGAAAUUGUCAGAUAAGAUUGUCUUAGAAAAUGUUUUGUUUGUGCCGAACUUGAACUGUACACUCAUGUCAGUUGCUAAGUUGCUCAGACAAACAGGAUGUCUGGCUGUGUUUACUGAUACCUUAUGCAUUUUGCAGGACCGUUUUACGAGGAUCCUGAUUGGAGCAGAUAAAGAACGGGAUGAUAAUACUGAUAAGUUUGGUGGUUGUGGAAUUUGUUUUAAGUCAAAACAGACUCGCGGGGUGUUUUCCGAGAGUUUUAAUAAAGCAUCUGUUCCGUUUGAACUAAUACAUGUCGAUUUAUGGGGUCCUUAUCGAACAAAAUCAUCUUGUGGUGCUGUCUACUUUCUCACCAUUGUAGAUGAUUUCUCUCGAGCCGUAUGGAUACACCUACUCCUCGAGAAGUCCGAGGUAAAGACGAUUCUGCCUAACUUCUGUCGUCUAGCACAUAGACAGUUCGGCAAGCUAGUCAAGACAGUCCGAAGCGACAACAGCAUAGAAUUCAUGUGCCUCUCGAGAUACUUUGCGGAGAAUGGAAUUCUGCAUCAAACCUCGUGUGUAGCAACCCCACAACAGAACGGAAGAGUGGAGAGGAAACAUCGUCACAUCUUAAACGUUUCCAGGUCUAUUAUGUUUCAGGCCAACCUUCCGAUCAAGUUUUGGGGUGAGAGUGUGCUUACUGCUGCCCAUGUUAUCAACAUAACCCCCUCGAGCUUGUUGCAAGGGAAAACCCCAUACGAGUGUCUGUUCGGAAAAGCUCCAUCCUAUGCCAACAUCAAGACAUUCUGA